AUCGGCUGGGGUACUCUCUGCGUCGCCGGCGGCGGCGCCUACUACUUCGCGAAGAAAUCCAUCAACGCCGACCGCCAAACCCGAUUCGAGACGGAGAUGAAACGCAAAGCGCAGCUGGCUGCCAUGGAAGCGGAACACCGGCGCCAGUCGGCGACCUCGCUGACCACCCCUCCGCCGAUCCCCGCGGACGACCCGAGCCUCAAGCGCGCCGCCCAGCUGGCGCGGUCGCAGCAGAACGCCGCCGACGACGUGGCCUCGCCCAGCGCCGAGGCGAGCCACGACCCGGCCGCGACGCGCCACGAGCCCGAGACCGAGGCCGACCGCGUGCUGGAGAAGGGGAAGUACGAGGCCGCGCAGCCGUUUCGGCCGCCGAAGGGGAAUCGACUCUAG